AUGACUAAUUUCAAUUUAUCAUCAACACCAUUAAAUGAAAUACAAAAUUAUGAAGAUUAUAAAAUUGUUUGGUUUUCUACAGAUAGUAAUAUACCAUAUGAAGAACAAAUUAUUGAUUACUUAAUAAAAUUUAAUUCAUUUGAAGAUUGUGAUGAUUAUAUAUAAUAAAUGUUCAAAGUCAUCGGAAAAUUCUUCUUGUUUUAAUUAAUUUCUUUGAAUAUGUUUCAUAUUAUAAUGAUUUUCCUCAAAUUCAAUCAAUUUAUGUUUUGGAAAGAAAUCUUCAAAAUAUAAAUUAUGAAAAUCAGACUUAUUCGAAACGAGUUAAUACUUUCAUAGAUGAACAUACAUUAAUUGAAUGAUUACGUCAAGAUAUUCUAUUAACAUAUAGAAAUGAUUUAUCAAUAAGUAUUUCUUCAUUACAGGAAAUGACAAAUCAACAAUCUUUAACAAAUUUAGAUCAAAAUACAUUUAUGUUUUUAUGGAAUCAUUUAUUUAUUUAUUAUCUUGUUAAUUCUUCUGAUAUAGAUAUGAAUAAAUUUAAAAAAAGCUGUUAGCGCAAUCCCUUGCGGGAUUAAAAAUGUGAAACACGAUGUACCUGCUGUUGCCAAUCUUAUAAAAAUUGUUCUUUUUUAUGCAUAUUGAUGUAUCUUUCCUCAUCGUGGCUUACUUUAUAUUAUAGAGCUGAAACAGGAUAAUACCCCAUAUAUGCUCCAAUCAUGUUUUAUUAUUUAUUAUCUCGGAUACUUUCUUGAACUCUUCUUUCGCAGUCUAUGAUGACCCCUAGAGCUUAUCUGUCACGGUCUGUGAUGGUCUCUGGGGUUCUCUGUCACGGUCUGUAAUAGUCUCUGGGAUUCUCUGUCACGGUCUGUGACGGCCUUUGGGGUUCUCUGUCACGCUCUGUGAUGGUCUCUGGGAUUCUCUAUCACGGUCUGUGAUGGUCUCUGGAGUUCUCUAUCACGGUUUGUGAUGGGUCUGAAUGUUCUCUGUCACGGUCUGUGAUGGGUAUGAAUUUUCACUGUCACGGUCUGUGGAGAGGGGGGGGGGGGGGGGGGGGGGGGG